GGAGGGAGGCGCCAUUGCUCCCCUGGUCUGACUCCCUCUACCCUGGGGUCUCUCCUGCAGAUCAUCUUCAUGGUAGGCCGCGGUUACCUGACCCCUGACCUCAGUAAGAUUUACCGGAGCUGUCCCAAGGCCAUGAAGCAACUGCUGGCCGACUGUAUAAAGGUCAAACGGGAGGAGCGGCCCAUGUUCUUCCAGAUCCUGGCCUCCAUUGAGAUGCUGCAGCGCGCGCUGCCGAAGAUCGAACGCAGUGCCUCGGAGCCCUCCCUGCACCGGGCGGUCCACGCCAAUGACGUCAAUCCCUUCAUCCUGACCACUUCCCGCCUCGUUCCCUCCUGAGACACCACGCCAUCCCGGGGACAGUCCCACUCCUCUUCCCACCUCCCCUCCCCUCCCCUCCCAAAGAUCCCGGCGACAGGCUCAGGGAAGUGGUCACCUUGAAGGGGAGGAGGGAACGCUCCCUUCCCACAAUCCCUCACGCCGAGGGAAUACCAAACCCAGAUCACGCACGGAUUCGGGCAGCAGUCGACAGACUCUGCUUUCCCAGGAAACCGAGGAGGGUGAAGGGGGGGAUCGGGAGAGAGCUCCCCGGAUUGAACUGUCUGCCUCGGAUCGCGAUGUUGCCUCACACCUGGAUUUCGCGGAGAGGGAGACGGUGCGGGCGGGAGGGAAGGAAGCGAGGGACACAUUCCAGAGACUCUUC